UGGAAAUUAGUUCAGUAAAAUUUUGUGGUUUAAGAUUUGUAAGGACGAGUAUUUCCUAAUAUUUUUAGAGAAGAGUUUCAUUUCACAACAUUUUGCAUGUAUCAAAUUAGUACAAAAUGUUUUUUCGACUUUUGGAACGACCCAAUACCAAAGAUGAAAUAACACAAGUAGAAGAGAACGAUAUUAGAAUGAAUUUAUGUUACAAUCUAAUAGUAGGUCCUGUUGAACCAAUGAUGAUAGACUCACAGGAUGCUAUCAGACGUCAUCGACAAUAUUCUGAAAGCUUAUAUGAAAUGACCCUUGGUCCAACCAUCGAUAAUUCAUAUGCUACAAUGGUGGAUCUUAUAUACAUUAUAUUCACAAAUAUUUAUUAUCGUUUAUGGAAAGGGUAUUUUCAAGAAUCGCGGAAAAAUUCUAGUCAAGUUAAUAAAGCAAAUUGUUAUUCUCAAACUCAGUAAAUAUAAAAAACUGUAAAUGGUUUCAGUUUUUACCCGACUAAGCAACG